GUGUAUGUACAGAGCCGACAACUCCUGAAUAUGGAUUUCCUCUGACGGAGUCGAAAGCGUCAUACCCAACAAACGCUACCUAUGAUGUGCUCUGCCUACCAGCAUACACUAUAACGGGGGAGGGAACUCUUACAUGUCUUAGCACGGGGAAUUGGAAUAAUGACCCACCCACCUGUACACCAUCAGAGGGUACAUACCCUUGGUGGCUUCUUCUGGUGCUGGUAGUGGUUGUCAUCAUUCUCAUACCCUGUAUUGCCCCGAGGAUCAUCUUCUGUUGCUGUUGCAGGAAAAGCGACGCUAAGGCAGGUAAAAACAACGACGGUUACAAUCACGAACCGGAUGAAGAAAGUGACGAUGAGUACGAUUAUGAAAGUUGGGGACCGGCGGAGGAAAUGACGGAUUAUGGUAGGGGCAAGAGGACCAAUAUGGACGUCAUGCACAUGGUCCAUCCUAAUAUGGACAAACAUCAGUUCGCGAAGGCUACUAAGAAUGCCAACUUCUAACGUACCUCGGUGGUUACCUUGAGAACGACAUCAAACUUUCGAACUCAACAGAGUGAAUAUUAUUUGAAGUGUGGUACACAAAUACCAGCAAAUUAACAAUAUAUUUACAUGUAGGAGAUAGUCUCCGGACAAAAUAUUAAAUAGUGAAAUAAACAAAAUGCAAUAACUUCUGUAAGAUUAGUUGAAUAAAAAUUCCUUUCAGUGAAACACAACUA